CCAUCUGCAUCAACGCUGCACCAAUGCCUCCGCGGUAACAUUUUUCGACCGACAGCACGAAAGCUGUCAAGCCGCCGACAUGGAUGGAUUCAAGGAUCACGGACUCGACGAGGACAACUUUGGCAGCAGCGGCGCUCUUGCGGCUGUCAAAGCGUUCGAUGCCUUCCCGAAGACGAAACCCUCAUAUCAGGAGCGAACAUCGACAGGCGGCAUAUGGACAGUCACACUGAUUGCAGCAUCGAUUUUGCUUGCAUGGAGUGAACUCACUCGGUGGUGGAAGGGGGAGACUGCUCACCUCUUCGCCGUGGAGCAGGGCGUGGGUCACGACUUGCAGAUCAACUUGGACGUGGUGGUGAGGAUGCAUUGUGAUGAUCUGCACGUCAAUGUGCAAGAUGCAUCCGGCGACCGUAUUCUUGCAGGAACGAUAUUCCAGAAAGACCCAACCAUGUGGGCUCAGUGGUCAGGCAAUCGGAAGGCUCACGCCCUGGGAUCGACGAAGGAGGAGCGACUCGACUUGACGGGCUAUCCAGGCUUUGCUGAAUACCGGGAAGAAGAUGUUCACGAUUAUGUUGGGAAUGUGCGAAGGGGCAAAAAGUUCUCAAAGACACCUAGACUUCCCAGAGGGAUAGAGGGGGACAGCUGCCGGAUAUUUGGCAGUAUGCAUGGCAACAAGGUGCAAGGCGAUUUCCACAUCACGGCUAGAGGUCAUGGAUACAUGGAGUUUGGUCAGCAUUUAGACCACAGUGCCUUCAACUUCAGCCAUCGCUUCAACGAAAUGUCCUUCGGACCCUACUACCCCUCGUUGACGAACCCACUCGACAACACCUUCGCCACCACCGAGGAGCACUUCUACAAAUACCAGUACUACCUAUCGGUCGUGCCAACGAUAUACACCACAGAUCCGAAAGCACUGCGGAAGAUUGACAAAUACCACGAAUCUCCAACUUCAGGAGAGGAUGGCCUCAAUCAGCACUCGAGGAGAAGUACCAGGAACACGGUAUUCACAAACCAAUACGCAGUCACGGACCAAUCACAUCCUGUGCCAGAGACCGCGGUACCGGGCGUCUUUGUCAAGUUCACCAUUGAGCCAAUACAGCUUACCAUUGCGGAGACUUGGAGCUCUUUGCCCGCUCUCUUCAUCCGAAUCGUGAACGUGGUGUCGGGGCUUUUGGUAGCGGGCGGGUGGUGCUUCCAGAUUAGCGAGUGGGCGAAGGAAGUAUACGGACGCAAGAACAGGCGUGUCGACAGCUUUGGCAUGCUGAAUGGUAAUCACCAUAAUGAGAAACAUGCAUUGUAGGUGUCAUGGCGGAGAUUUGUUGAUAUGAAAGCUCAAGUUUGGCAAGCCAUCUCUCGACGUCUUUUCAGAUGUUUUAUCCCUACUCGCGACUUUUUACGGCCGAGUCACAGCUUCGGUGACUCGCGAUAGGUGCUGUUACCCUACGACCUGCGAGCUUGUUCACAGCUACAGCUGCAUCUAUUGCUUUCACGGGCUUCUACCAGAUGCAUUGGCGUUGCCUAUGGCGAGCUUGCUUGUACGCGUGCCAUAUUGAUUUGCUAUUCCUGCCCUGAGGCACGUCCGAUGCUGCGAUCACAUUCAACGCAGCAUCAGCAGAGCGUUGGGACCAACCGGCUUCUGCAGACUCAUCCAAGCCUGCUACUUCCAAGGCGAAUACAAGAAGUAGUCGUCUUAUCUCUUCCAAGAGCCUUGGCUAAGGCGCAAUAGCCCUUGUAUACAAUCAAGGUCCGCAUCUGCUGACGCUGCGCCACCGCUUUCACGGCCUCUCGCCAUGAAUGA